GAACCCAGUAAUAUACCAGGAGGAACCUCUGUGAGUUAGUCGACUAUGAGCUGCUAGAGUAAAGGGCCUCACCAUGGACCUGUACAAAGCAGCUUUUCUCCUGGGAGCACUGAUCUGCACUGUUAGUGGUUCUGAGGUGGACGGCUAUGCCAAAACUGAAGGAGCAUGGGUCUUGUCACUGAAGAAAAGAAUGUACACUGUGGACACUGCGGCUGAGUGUGCCGUCAAAUGUGACAUUGAAUCAACCUUCACAUGCAGGUCUUUCAUGUAUAUUCAGAAGGACCAGGAGUGCUGGACAGCAGCAGCAAACUCUAAAUCAGAGAUACUCCUGCGCAGAACCAGCGCAGCUUUAUAUGAAAAAAAAGAAUACCUCCUGGAGUGUGUGAAUGGAAUAGGAACAGAUUACAGAGGAACGAAGACCAAAACGAAAUCAGGAAAGACAUGUCAGGAUUGGACAGCCAAAUUCCCACACAGGCCCAACAUGACACCACUGACCCAUCCCCGAGCAGACCUGGAGUCCAACUUCUGCAGAAACCCUGAUUCAGACAGUGGAGGACCCUGGUGUUACACAACCGACCCCAACACCCGCUGGGAGAACUGCAAUGUGCCCAGCUGCACUGAGGAGUGUAUACACUGCAGUGGUGAGGACUACAGAGGGAAAAUCUCCACCACUGAAAACGGUUACACAUGUCAGCGCUGGGACUCCCAGAAACCUAACAACCACGGCUACAUCCCCUCAGCUCUUCCAGAUAAGUAUCUUGAAGACAAUUUCUGCAGGAACCCUGAUGGAGACCCUCGUCCAUGGUGCUUCACCACCAAUCCAUCCAAACGAUGGGACUUCUGCUCCAUACCUCGCUGUGCAUCAGAGCCUCCCACCAUCGUCCCAGAGCUGACCUGCGCCACCGGUGAAGGCGGAGCUUACCGGGGCACGGUCUCUGUCACAGAGUCUGGCAAAACAUGCCAAGUCUGGGCCGCUCAAACGCCGCACAAACACAACCGAACCCCUGAUAACUACCCCUGCAAAGGCCUAGAUAACAACUACUGCCGUAACCCUGACAACGAGAGGAUGCCCUGGUGUUACACCACUGAUCCAAAUACUCGGUGGGAGUACUGCACGGUGCCAAGCUGUGGGGAUGCACCCAGACCAGGUGCGCCAGUGAUUCCCACAGAGGAGGAAGACUGUUACGAGGGGGAUGGAACGACUUACCGUGGCAUAACAUCGGAGACCAUCAGCGGAAAGAAAUGUCAAUCCUGGAGCGCCAUGACUCCUCAUACCCAUAAAAAAACUCCACAGGCUUUCCCCACUGCGGACCUUAGAAAGAAUAUGUGCAGGAACCCCGAUGGAGACCGAGCCCCCUGGUGUUACACUAUGGAUCCCAGAGUCCGAUGGGAGUACUGCAGUGUGCAGAAAUGUCGUCCUUCAUCAGAAGUGUCACCCACUAGCCCUCCCAGACCCGAGAUUCCCUCCACCGCCACCCAGACCCCACCAGAGAGAGACUGCAAGAUCGGGAAUGGAGUUACAUACCGUGGCCCAACCUCCAUCACCACACCGGGUGUGACCUGCCAGGCCUGGAGUGCUCAGACCCCCCACCGACACAACAGCUUCACCCCACGGAGUCACCCCGACAAGGGCCUGGAGGCCAAUAACUGCAGAAACCCAGACGGCGAUGUGAACGGACCGUGGUGCUACACUACUGACCCAAACAAGAAAUGGGACUACUGUCAGAUCCAAGACUGUCCACAAGACUGGAAGUGUGGAACGCCAUUCACCAAACCAAAGCGCUGUUUCGGGCGUGUUGUAGGAGGCUGUGUAUCCAAACCUCACUCAUGGCCCUGGCAAAUCAGCCUCCGGACCAGGAGUUCAGGGGCCCAUUUCUGUGGAGGAACUCUGAUUCACCCUCAGUGGGUCCUCACUGCCCGUCACUGCCUGGAGAGUUCCUCACGAGCCUCAUUCUACAAGGUGCUUCUGGGGACCCACACAGAGUUAGCUCGGGAGUCAUCCAAACAGGAGAGGACACUGCAGAAAAUGGUGUUGGAACCCAAUGGAGCCGAUAUCGCUUUGCUCAAACUGCAGACGCCUGUACAAAUAAAUGACAAAGUCCUGCCAGCUUGUCUGCCAGAGAAAGACGUUGUUGUUGCCAGUGGAACAGAGUGUUACGUUACUGGAUGGGGCGAGACUCAAGGUACGGGAGGUGACGGCUUCCUGAAGGAAACCGGUUUCCCUGUGAUCGAGAACAAGGUCUGUAAUCGUCCGUCCUACCUAAACAACAAAGUUAAAGAACACGAGAUGUGUGCCGGAAACAUCGAGGGAGGAUCAGACAGCUGCCAGGGUGACAGCGGUGGUCCUCUAGUGUGUUACUCCCAGAACAGGUACAUCAUACAGGGUGUCACGUCCUGGGGUUUGGGAUGCGCCAGGGCCAUGAAACCCGGCGUCUACGCGCGAGUCUCCAAGUUUGUCGACUGGAUUGACGAAACCAUCAAAGCCGGUUAACAUCUCCAAAAAAAAGUGGUUCUUUUUUUUUUUCCUUUUUAAAAGAUAUUUCCACACGUAUGUACUGUUCUGCUCCGACAUGACUACUUUAGUUUAUAACUGAAUGAGAUUUGUUUCCUGUAGUUCUUUAAAGCUACAGCAUCGUAAAUCAGAGCACAAUAAGCAGAGCAUAGUUUGGGUUUGGGGAUUUAAAUGUGUGUUUUCUGUAAGAGCUGAAAAAUAAAACUUAAUACAAACAAGAUUAAGA